CACUAAUCCGCUCUCAGUACGGCGCACAGUGUUCAGCUUCGGUUGCUAAGGAACCACUGAAUGCAGGUUUCCCAAACAUGACUUUGGCAUAGUGAAGAAGGCUGGUCAGUCUGGCUGGUUGAGGUGUCGAGGGGACACCAGAAGCCACGUCAGGAUUCUGACCAACACAAUUUCCAGUGCCCUGAGUAAAUCUCAUCGUCUCAAUGACUAUCGGUGGAUAGCUGCUACAAUUAUGGUGACGCUUAUCACAGAGCAGCUCCGUAAGCAGAGUUUGGAGGAGCCUUAUUACAAGGCGUUCUCGUUCAAUGUGUCCUUGCCUGCAGUUGGUUCCAGUCCAACGGUCUCGUGGAGUGCUUGUAGGUCAACGCAAGAGACUAGCUCAGCUCCACACCUUUCAUCCAAAGCCAACCCUCUGGGUGAUUCCUGUGGACUACACUCCCCAUGGUGUCCUUCCCACUCUGGAGAACCUCUCGAGAGACCAGAGGUUUCUUUUACAAACCAGGUUUUCCAAAGCUCCCCUCCACAGCCACCUCCAAAACGCCACUGCCGCUCCCUCUCUGUUCCAGAGGACUUGUCUCGGUGUCGCUCCACCUGGCAUCCAAUUGCAUCCAAGGUGUGGACCCCAGUCAAACGUGGCUGCCAAAGUGGAGGAGCAUCUAGUUCCAGCUCUGGAGCCAGCUCUUUGCCAGUUUGUGGGCCCAGCUCCUCUUUCACCUCUUCCUCCCUCCACUCAUCUUCUAGCCCAACCUUCUUUAGCUUAGCACUAUCCUCUGACUCGCCACUUCCGUGGAGCUUCUCAUGGGACCCCUGUGACAAACCGAAAGGAGCCUGUUCUGCCUCCUUUGCUACUCCUUCCUCCUGCUCCUCUUCACCAGCCCCCUUGGUUUCCCGUUCAGUUCUGCAGCGCCGCUUGUCCCUCUCCCCUGUGCACAUUCAGGAUGCGUCCCUGGUGCUCCUUCCCCUCCAGCCCUCCCCGGCUUCUGCUGUGAUGUACAGCUGCCCCCCUGGCAUAGAACACCCAGCCCUGUCUUCAUCUCCCACUUCAGCCUGCAGCACACCGUCCUCGUCGAGGCGCGACCUGCACCCAGCGCUGCCGCGAUGCCACUCGCAACCCUGCGACAUGCGCAAACCCCGCUUGAAGAGGCGCCAUGACCCAGAUGUUGUGCCCUGCUCCAGGCCAGGCCUCGACUUCAGCAAGAUGACGCAGAUCGGUCAUCACGGGAGCCUACUGUUUGGAACAGCUGAUUGCAUUGUUCCAGUGCCUUACCAGUCGGAGCAGCGCUUGGCGUUCUCCCCUGCAGAGUUUCUGGGACGAGCGAGCAUUGGGCCACUAAGCGAAAGUGAGGAAGAAGAAGAAGAGCAGGAGGAAGAUGAUAAAAGGAAAAGGACUGCAAUAGAUGGAGUGCAAAAGAUUGCUUUUGAAAGAGACUGCACAGAACUGGACCUGAAUCUUAUAGAAGAGAACUGACCACUCGUCGACGCUGAAGUGUGAUUACUGCAUUUAUAACUGUUAAGCACAGCGCUUCUUGGGAACCUGCUGCCAUCCUAAGGCAAACACAUUUAGAUGUCCUAAUCAAGAACCAAGUAAUUAGAAGCAAAUUAAGUUACAAUGUUAUCAUUGUAAUCACUUGGUUUAUUCUUAAACAUUUCAUGAAAAUGUCAAAUGCUUGCAUAUUCAACACUUCAUAGGGAAAUGUGCAUGACCAAAUAAGCUAGUUUUUCAUGUGCCCUCAAUUUCAGCUUCUAUUUCUAAUUGAUAAAUGUCUUAGUCUUACGUUACCUAUUGGUAUGCAUAUUCAUUUCCUUAGUAUGAGUCUAUCUAAGAAAUGUGUAUACUACAGUAAUGAGAAUGUGCUUAAUAUUUUCUCCCAGGUCAUUUGACUGCACACUAAAAGCCAAUAGAAAAGAGGUUGACAUUCCUCCGUUGAUCUUCAGAUACUGGUACAGUAUUUUUGAGCAGCCCAAACAACAUAAGAAUACAGCGCUUUAUGUCCAUGCCUUCCUGCAUGUCAAAUGGGAUACAUUCCACUGCUGUUCCUAAAUCCAUUGUUAUUGUUUUUUAGUUUCAAAGGGAAACUAUUUGUUAUAUUAAGGGGCUCAAUUUUGUUCAUAUAUAUAUAUUUUCUUUAGGAGUUUAAGCUUUAACAUGUACAGACUUCUCCAAGAAUAAUACUGGUGACACUAAACUGACCAUGCCUUAAGCUUAAAACGGAGCUCUUUGUGCUCUGGGUUUUCUUCUUUUAAUUUCAUUUGCGCUAAUUCAGAUAUUUUUGGACAGGUGGCACAUGCACUAUAACGGUCAAUUAAAGUGGAGUUGACUGCUGCAGCUGGACCUUCUAAGACACAAUGUAAUGUACUGCACUGUGGUUGGAGUGAGUACAUGUAUUGAAACCAUUGUUUUGAGAGUGUAUGAUAAAGGUGGUGCAGAUGUUUUGGUGGCCUUUCAGCAAUGAUUUGUAUCGUAUUUUCAUCAGGAAAUACUGCUGUUGCACAAUUUAGGUACAAAUAAAAUUUAAUAGAGAAUUUUUUC